AUGUUUAACAGAAAUAAAAAAAGUGAUGACCUCACUACAAUAUCAUGUGAAGAACUUUGGAAUUUAGAUAUAACAAUUUUGAAAACAGUAGGUGUAUCAUUUCGUAAUGCAUUUGGUGGUGAAUAUCAUUUCAUUACUGAUUUAAUCCCGGUUGUAUUUGGUAUGUCAAUGAAUAUUUUAAAGGGUUCAACAUUAUGGUUUCAUCGACGUGAAUUAUUUACAAUUUUAAAAGAAUUUCACACUCGAUGGAAUUACACUAGGACAAAAGUCCAUUUGCAAAAUAAAAUUUAUAUGCUCAUCAAUACUUCGAAAAAAGUACGGUAUUGUUAUAUGACUGCUAUUAUAGCUAUCGGUUUAUCUUUUGGUCUACGUCCAUAUGUGUUACUAUUUACUUACUACUUCAAAACAGUCGUCCAUCAGUCAAAUACUACAAUUGAUUUUUCAGUUGUUAUUUACCCACUUGCAUAUCCGUUUACGUAUCAGACGAUGAAUCGUUACGUUUUGUUGUUACUGUAUGAGCAAUGUGUUAAUUACUUCGCUAUCUGUUACGUAACAUGUGAUACUAUUUUCAUUCAACUUAUGACUCACACUUCAAUUAACUUUCUGGUACUAGCUGAUGAUUUUAGAAAUAUGAAUCGACAUAUUGAUAUUAAUAAUAACGAUAGCGAUAACAAUAAUGUUGGUGUUCAACAUAUGAUAGAAUUAGUUAAUAAACAUCGUUCCAUGUUAUCGUAA